AUGGGCGAGAUACUCAAGUACAAACGUGACGAGACAUUGUCAUCUGACAAGGUCGAAGCAAGACGACUAGUGCGAAGGAGAACAUGCUAUAACAUUCAAAAUGGCAAGCUCUACCGCCAAUGGUUCACAUAUCCCUACUUGAAGUGUCUAGUAACAGAAGAAGGAAGACAAGUAUUAGCAAAAAUACAUUCUGGGGAAUGCGGCAACCACUCAGGUGCCACAUCACUCGCCAACUGCACCAUGCGUCAGGGAUACUUUUGGCCAUCAUUGGGGGAUAACGCCAAAGAUAUAUCACGAUUAUGUCAUAAAUGUCAACAAUACACAGAUCUCCUACACGCACAAGCAAAACCAUUGUCCAUCAUUAUCGGACCAUGGAUCCACUCCACGUGGGGCCUCGAUCUUGUUGGCAAGUUGCCAACCGCCAGAGGGAAAUUCAAAUACAUAAUCGUGGCCAUCGAUUACGAUAACAAGUGGAUCGAGGCUGAACCAUUAACGGCCAUCACCACCGCAAAAGUGCAACAUUUCCUCUGA